CCUGAUAUGAAUAUUAUCGAACAUGUUUGGCACUAUUUGGAACAUUGUGUGCACACUUGGACCACUCUGCCAUCAAAUGUCACAGACUUAUGGAAUGCCAUUGUUGAGGAGUGGGAGGGCAUCAAAGAAAGCUACCUUACUUCACUCUAUGACAGCAUGCCAGAGCAUGUUCAGGCUCUUCUUGCAGCUAAAGGUGGCCACACUAGGUAUUAG